GGAGGAGCGGCAUUACUUACAGACUUCGGAGGCCUCGCAGAAGAGAGGAGAGAAGCUUGGAGGUAAUGGCUGUCGUGAAAAGAUAGUUAUUUUCGGAGAUUUCUGGAGACUUGGCGGUAAAGCUUAGGUUAAUGUCUGAGAUGCACAUCACCUGGGGAAUCUGUGUGUGACACCAGUUGAGCCUCAGAAGGGCAGCACAACCACAGAACGGCCAAACAGGGAGAAGGCUCUGCUGGACAAGCAGCUGGAGUGAGAGUAAAAACAACCAGAUCACAGGAGCACACCCUGAAUGAUCCAUGUGACAUUGGUUGGUGCCCAUUGAAAACACUUUAUUCCGGCUACUUUGUGGGUGUCAGAGGAUAAGAAGAGGCUACAGCAGAAUCCUCAAAAGAGACAGGAUUCUAAGUGCAGAAAGCGGGUAUCUUCCCAACCCAGGGAUCGACCCAGGUCUCCUGCGCUGUGGAUUCUUUACCGUCUGAGCCACGAGGGAAGCCCUCAAACCUGUAUCCCCUGAAUUGAAAGUGAAUUUCAGUUAACUUGGCAAUUCUCCUCCCUCUAAUUGAGGGAAAGGCCCCCUCCUUUCCCCAUCACAGGGAGGGGGCGGAGCAUCCUCUGAGAAGCUUGGAUGUGAGCUGUGCCUGGCCACUCUUGGGGGAGGGGCUGCAUUUCACGAGGCUGCAGCUGACAAGAAGCUUCAAGUUGAAAUUUUCCUGGACCUGAUCAAGUGCGUAGCCUGGUUGCUGUGUUGACUACAGCCCUGUCUGUGUCCUCCUUGCAACUCAUUCUUUCAGACAACAGCUUAGGUUAAUGUCUGAGAUGCACAUGACCUGGGGAAUCUUCAGGAAUCUGUGACACCAAUUGAGCCCCAGAGGGGCAGCACAACCACAGAAGUGCUGAACAGGGAGAAGGCCCUGCUGCGGACAAGCAACUGGAGUGAGAAUAAAAACAACGGGAUCAUAGGGGCAACUCUGCACGAUCCAUGUGACAUUGGAGAAGGACCGUCUGUCUUCAUCACAGGGAGGGGGCACAGCGUUCUCUGAGAAGCUUCGGAGUGAGCUGUGCCUGGCCAGUCUUGGGGGAGGAGCAGCAUUUCACUGAGCUGCAGCUGACAAGAAGCUUCAAGACAGCCUGUCUCUUUUUGCAGUAAGAAUCAAGACAACCAGAUCACAGAGCCAGACCCUUCCUGAUCCAUGUGACUUUGGUAUCUUCCAUAUUGUCGAUUCAAACAACGUGUUCAAGCAUCCUUGGGAAGUUCAGCUGGAGGAGAACAGGCCACACAAGCUAUAAACACUUUGUAACUCUUUGUAGUCUUAAAAGGGGCAUUGGUCAAAGUAUUGUUUGUGGUAGGGACUUCCUUCACAGUGACAAGAAUAGCCAGACACAUAAGUCUCUGAUAUUAACCUCUUGGCACAUAAAUCUAAGUCAUAAUGGAUGCUGAGUAUGUCUUAUGCAAUUGGCAAGACCAGUUGUGGCCAGCAAAAGUUUUGUCCAGAUCUGAGGCUUCAUCAAAUAGUAAGAGAAAAAAGGUAUUUUCCCUGGAAGUUCAAAUACUCUCACUGGAUGAAAAAAUUCAAAUGGAAAGCACAGAAACAAAGAUCCUAACUAAAUCUCAAGUUGAAGCUAUUGCCUCCUCACUAGCCGCACAGUCAGAGGUCAGUGACCCACCUGGAGAGGAAACAGCCUAUGCCAGGUCAUUAAAAAUGGCACUGGAUAUUCUGAAUGAGAGAACAAAUUUGAUUCAAGCAAGCAGUUCAGAUGACGAAGAGACCACUAUACUGUCUCAAAACAUACCACAAAAGCCAUCUGAUUCACCCCCUCGUAAAAAGUAUCGGAAGCACGAAGGAGAAGGAGACUUACCAAAGUGUCUGGAGGAAAAUGAAAAUUCAACAACCCUGUUAGUAUCAUCAGAGAGUGAUGACUCUCUGUAUGAUGAUAAAUCACAGGUGCAUGCAAUGAUUGCUAGUAUUCCAAAUGAAAUGGAAACAAAAUCAUCACAAAACCUCAGCUGGUGCCAGACUUUCCCUUCACUUUCAGAAGAUGAGGAUGAAAAAGAGAGCAAGAAAAAGAUUGAGCUCUCAAUUUUGCCUUUACUUUCCACAAUUAAAGAGGAAGAUGUAUAUGUUAAAGAGGAAAAAUUCAGUCCAACUUUACCAUCAGAUGGCUUCAUUGUGCCCAAAGCUUUAAAAGAGGAGCCAGAAGACAUCUACCCAGAGGCCCUGGCCGCAUCCUCUGAAUGCUCUGCCUUCUCAGAGAAUAUUGAAGAUCCUGGAGAGGGUCCGUCUGAUCCAUGUUCAGUUACCAGCCAGAAUCAACCUACUGUGGAAUCAGAGACGGAUGCUGAGGCGUUCCCUCAGCCUUCUUCAUGGGAACAUCAGAUUUCAUUUAGUGCCUCUAGCCAUUCCGGGGAUUAUUCACUCCUCGGGAGUAAUGAAAGAAAUCUUCAGAGACUGGAUUUUGAGGAAUUUGAGGAAGAAUUUCAAGCUUCUGACAAGUCAGCACGUGUAAGUUCGAUUGCUGCAUCCAUAUUAGAUGAUGAUGAAGAAGAUGAAGAACUUCCACGUUUCCUUUUUCAUUAUGAGCAACGUUCAUUUGAAACAGGGAUGAUUGUCUGGUUUAAGUAUCAAAAAUAUCCAUUUUGGCCGUCAGUGAUAAAAAGCAUCAGGCGAAAAGAGAGAAAAGCAAGUGUGAUUUUUGUUGAGGCAAAUAUGAAUCCUGAAAAGAGAGGCGUCAGAGUGCCUUUUAGAAGAUUAAAGAAAUUUGACUGUAAAGAGAAGCAGGCACUAGUGGAGAAAGCCAGGGAGGAAUACAGUGAAAGUAUUGACUGGUGCAUCUCACUUAUUUGUGACUACAGAGUUAGAUUAGGUUGUGGUUCUUUUGCAGGCUCAUUUUUUGAGUAUUACGCUGCUGACAUUAGUUAUCCAGUUAGGAAAAUAAUCAAACAGGAUACCUUCAGGAAUUUAUUUCCAAAGCUGCAAAAUGAAAAUACUGGAGGAUCAAUGUCUGUGACUUCCCAGACCAAGAAAAUGUCCUUCCAGAAAAUUCUUCCAGACCGAAUGAAGUCUGCUCGGGACCGAGCCAACAAGAACCUAGUGGACUUCAUCGUGAAUGCAAAGGGAACAGAGAGCCAUCUCUUAGCCAUUUUAAAUGGCACAAAGGGGUCCAGGUGGCUAAAAUCAUUCUUGAAUGCAAAUAGAUUCACACCCUGUAUUGAAACAUACUUUGAAGAUGAAGAUCAGUUGGAUGAGGUGGUGAAAUAUUUACAAGAAGUCUACAAACAAAUAGAUGAAAAAAUGCUGACUCGGAUAAGAGAUGAUAAAAUUAAAUUUAUCCUGGAAGUUCUUCUGCCAGAAGCAAUCAUCUGUUCAAUUUCUGCUGUUGAUGGAUUAGAUUACAAGGCAGCAGAAGCAAAGUAUCUGAAGGGGCCAUCUCUAGGAUACAGGGAAAGAGAAUUAUUUGAUUCAAAAAUCUUGUUUGAAAAGAGGCGGAAACCGUUAACAAAGGAAGAUCAUUAAAUCUUCUGAGGGUCCAGUGAUAGGGAGCUGCCAUAGAUUCUAGUUUAAAAGAAAAAUCUCUGAAUGAUUUUAACGUUUUUUUUCCAGAAAUGGGAGACUUUGGGUGAUAUGUUCACUUCUUUUUGCAAUAUCUAGGAUCUAUGACCUGUUGCUGCAUCUUCAUUUCCUUUUCUUUCACUUCUUCAACACCAAAUUAUUUACAUAUUUCAGCAGUUCUACUUUCCUGUGCAUUUUUAGAAAGCAUAAUUCCAAUAUGAUUAAUAAAGGAAAGUACUAUUUUGUUUUUUUGACAUUUUUGUGUCUAUGCUGUAUAGUUAAAUAUAGUGUGCACAAUUGUUUUAAUAUUAAAGUUGCACUGGUAUGACAUAUUAAGCAAGAUAAUUAGAAAAAAAGCUUCAAUUAUAUAUUUUUGCUUAAUUUUUAUAAAAUAUUAGACUUUCUCUUAAGAUAGCUGAAUUAUUUUUCCUGCCAUGCUUAUUUAUUUUUGGAAAAAUAUCUCUGAGAUACAGAACCAAAGAUAGAGAUGCUUUGCUAUAUAUUACAACUGAACACAAUUGCUUUUGCAAGAAAACAAUCUGGACUUCAAAAAUAGAGUAAAUGGAUUAUCUGCAUGCAGUCAAUGUGUGUGUGAAUAACAUCUCAGCAUGCAGAAAAUAAUUUUGGCAGCCUUGAACAGGAUUAUUCAUUCUACAGUUCCAUGAAAUUCCAUGUGUGGGAGUGUCUAUUGUUCAAUAGCCAGAACAGUUUCUUAAAACAGACAGGCUUUCUGCUGCCUUCAUAACUAACAUUGACUAUAUCUUAAUAUAGCCUUCUGCCCACUUAUAGAAGGCAGCUAGAAUCAUUGUAUUCAUGGUCUGGCUACUCUAGAUGUAUGAGUCCAGACUGACUGCUUAAGAGCCCACCUAGUUGAUAUAAAUAUUGGUAGAAAAUGCAAGCACUUUGUUCUGAAUCUUGUAUCUGCAAAUACAGAGUUGCUUGCUUCAAAUCAAGCAUUUUUUAUCAUCUGGCUUAUUUGUACAGUAGUUCCAGUUGCUUUCAAUAAUAUAAAUUCCAGCUGGUAAAUCAUUCCACAUUACUAAAAAGAAUAGAUGGACCAGAAUCUGUGAAUUUGGAAAUGGGUCACAGAAAAAGUCUCUGUUUGGACAAAUAUGACAAUUAUCCCAACAUAUUUACAAAUACACUAUUGAAAGUUAAAGUCUGAAGUCAACAAACUGUUUAUUCUAACUUGAAACAAGACUUUUAGUGAGAAUAAAUAUUGAGAGCUAUUUUAUUUUAAAAACUUGAUGUAAAACUAAAUCCUAAAGGCUUAAUGUGAACCUGUCUGCAUUUUUCAAAGUGAGACAAAUGUCAUUCCUGGGGUUUUGUUAUGUGUUCAGUUGGCCUUGUGUUUAUGUAAAAAUUGCAGAAAUUUGAUGUUUUGCUUUUCAAUAAAACUAUUAUACCUUU